AAUGCCAUAGGACAUAAAAUUGGACCAUUUAUUAAACUCUUAAGUUUAAAGAGCCAAACAACCAAACACCCUCUCUCUCUCUCUCUCUCCCCCUCUCUCUUUCUCUCUCCAUUGCUUGCUUCUGCCGUUGUGCAAUGGUUAAGAACCAGUCUGCUCUGGGUUUGGGCGUGGCCUUUCAUCAUCUUUGUUGGCGUUGUUAAGAGUACUAGAGGAGCGUUAGGGUUGUGCGAAAAGGAAGGGAAAAUGGGGGAAGAGGCGGCGAACGGCGGCGGCGAUGAUGUUGAGGAGCAGCAGCAGCAGCAGCAGGUGAGGACGGUGGAGAACUGGAAUAGUAGCAACGUUGGGGAUAUAAGAAUAGAUUAUGUGUUCAAGGUGGUGGUGAUAGGGGACUCGGCGGUGGGGAAGACACAGAUACUGUCGAGGUUUACGAAGAACGACUUUUGCUUUGACUCCAAAUCCACCAUUGGGGUUGAGUUCCAGACUCGCACUGUCACCAUCAACUCCAAGCUCAUCAAGGCCCAGAUCUGGGACACUGCUGGCCAAGAAAGGUACCGGGCAGUGACGAGUGCGUACUACAGGGGAGCACUGGGGGCGAUGCUUGUGUACGACAUCACCAAGAGGCAGACGUUUGAUCACGUGGCCCGAUGGAUCGAGGAGCUCCGGGCCCACGCCGACAGCUCCAUCGUCAUCAUGCUGAUCGGCAACAAGGCCGAUCUCGUCGACCUCAGGGCGGUUCCCACUGAGGACGCCGUCGAGUUCGCGGAGGAUCAGGGCCUCUUCUUCUACGAGACCUCGGCUCUUAGCGGCGACAACGUCGAGAGCGCUUUCCUCAAGCUGCUCGAGGAGAUAUACGGCGUGGUCUCCAAGAAGGCCUUGGAUUGCGGCGGCGACGGCAUGGCCAACGGCGGCCUCAAGGGCAUGAAGAUUGAUGUCAUUGCGCCACACGAGUUCGAGGUGAGUGAGAUGAAGAAAUUGUCCUCGUGUUCUUGUUAGGUUGUUGAUCAAUUUGCAAUGUGACCGAUCGAUGAUCAGCCAAUUAACGAUUUUCAUUCUAUUGUUGUCUAAUUAAGAAGGAAGGAAGGAAGGAAGGAAUGAAGGAUGGUGUGUUGUUAUUGUGUGAUUUGUGGAGCAAAGAGGCGGCGACCGUUUGAUUAAUUUAUGUGUUAUGUUUUUUGGUGUUUAAUGCCUGUAU